AUGGCAUACACAUCUAAAGUCUCUUCAAAAACAGGACUACAUUUCGGUAGAAUUUCUUUAAGAAAUUUAACAGCUUAUGCUCCAAACUUGAUGCUAUGGGGUGGGGCCAGUAUGUUCGCUUUAUUUGUGUUCACUGAAGGGUGGCCCAAAUUCCAAGACGCCAUAUACAAAAAGAUUCCAUUGUUAGGACCUACAUUGGAGGACCAUACUCCACCAGAAGAUAAGCCUAAUUGA